ACUAUGUCAGUGAAAGCACGCAUGACAACUGCUUAAAGAGAGAGUAGAGGCUAGAAGGAACACUGAAAGUCAGCUGAAGUCAUCUAAGGAACUACCUAUUGGAUAGACCUUUCUGCCAAGAGGAGCUACUUAAAGAGGAGAAAGGGACAGCACAAACCACUCAAUACCAUGAUGGCUGUGUUGGGCAGUGCGAGUCGGCUGGUCCAAUUUGCCAGAAGCAGCCAUGCCAUAACCCUGUGUGUAAGUACAUCUCUCAGAACAAGAAGGCAGUCAACUGCAGCUGCUGCAGCCUUUGUGCAACCAGCUUCUGCUGUAUCCACAGAAACCCUCGAGAACAGAAAACCUAAAACUGGGAUUCUUAUGCUGAACAUGGGAGGUCCUGAAAAACUCACAGACGUUCAUGACUUCCUAUUGCGGCUCUUCCUGGACACCGACUUGAUGAAACUUCCUGUUCAGAACACACUGGGGCCAUUCAUAGCAAAGCGCCGCACGCCUAAGAUCCAGGAGCAAUACAGCAAGAUUGGAGGGGGCUCGCCCAUCAAGGCCUGGACCACCAUGCAAGGAGAGGGCAUGGUCAAGCUGCUGGAUGAAAUGUGCCCAGAGACAGCUCCUCACAAGUUUUACAUCGGCUUCCGCUACGUGCACCCGCUGACCGAGGAGGCCAUCGAGGAGAUGGAGAAGGACGGGGUGGACCGAGCCGUGGCCUUCACGCAGUACCCUCAGUACAGCUGCUCCACCACAGGCAGCAGUUUGAACGCCAUCUACCGUUACUACAGCAACAGAGCGGACCGGCCCAAGAUGAGGUGGAGCGUCAUCGACCGCUGGCCCACACAUCCGCUGCUGGUGGAGUGCUUCGCGGAGCACGUCCUUAACGAGCUGCAGAAGUUCCCCCCGGAGAAGAGGGACGACGUGGUGAUCCUGUUCUCGGCACAUUCCCUCCCCAUGGCCGUGGUGAACCGGGGAGACCCCUAUCCUCAAGAAGUGGGUGCCACAGUGCAGAGGGUGAUGGAGAGGCUGGGUCACUGCAACCCUUACCGCUUAGUCUGGCAGUCCAGGGUGGGGCCCAUGCAGUGGCUGGGCCCCCAGACGGACGACGUCAUCAAGGGCCUGUGCGAGCGCGGCAAGAAGAACCUGCUCCUCGUGCCCAUCGCCUUCACCAGCGACCACAUCGAGACGCUGCACGAGCUGGACAUCGAGUACUCCCAAGUCCUGGGGGAGGAGUGCGGCGUGGAGAACAUCAGACGCGCCGAGUCCUUGAACGGGAACCCGCUGUUCUUCAAGGCCCUGGCCGACCUGGUACGGUCUCACCUCAAGUCCGACGAGCCGUGCUCCCGCCAGCUGACCCUGCGCUGCCCGCUUUGCGUCAACCCCACCUGUGGAGAAACCAAGGCCUUCUUCGCCAACCAGAAGUCCUAACUUCCCUCCCUUCCUCCCGCUCUCACACCCACACGCUUAUACGCUCUUAAACCGUAGACCCCCCCCCCUCCCCCGCCGUCCAUCCUCCUCCUUGCUGUCAAUCUGGAACGAACACGAAAGCCAAAUAUAACCCCAAAAAACUGUCACUUCACAAAUCGCCCCCCCCCCCCCCCCAUCCACAUCACAUAGCAUCGAAGACACAAAUUGGAGAUGUUUUUAUUUAUUUUAUUUUUUACAUUCCAUCUGGUUGGUGUUCUCUCUCCGGCACAUUCUCGGUGGAAUUGACCUGGACGUCAUUCAUAUUAGGAUUUUUGGGGGAAUGAUUGAAAUAGUUGAUGCUGGAUAAAGUCCAUUCUUGUGCUCUUCUCUUCCUCUGCUAUAUUCAUUGCUGAGGUCCACACUGUACAAACCGACUGUGCCACAGCUCCACAGUCAAAAGUAACCACUGACCUCACACUGACCUGCCUACCGCGGUGGAAGAUAGCGCUAGUAUGUCGUCUUGCUCGAAUUCAGCUUUCUGUACCGCAAACACACCAGUCCUUCCUAGUCUUCAGUGCCCUCUGUGGUAAGCUGUGAAAUGUAGCGUGGCAGACACAGACACUGGCCCUGUCUGGCUUCUGUCAUGCUUCUGUCCUUGACCCCGAGGGGCAUGAAUCGAGGGUCGGCUUCUCCCGCGACCUCAUUCUAACCGUAGGUAACCACGGGAGCGGCUUCCUGUCGCCAUCGCUGCUGCGCCCGACUCGUGCCUUUUCAUUCAUUCACUUUUCAAAGACGGAAGAUCUGACUGUUUUUAUGCACAUUUUCACCGGUGAUCUGGUAACACCUGGUUCUAAUGAAUUGAAUUACUCUGUACAUCAUGUUGAAGAUCCCUGAGAAAGUGUGUGUGUGUGUGUGUGUGUUUUGAGUCAGUGUACAGUUAUGUACUGUACUACAGGUAUGUGUGUAUAUAGCAAGAGAAACCAGUUCAGUCACAGUUCAGACAUUUAUUUAUUGAAGUUAAAACGUCAUCAGCUUGUUCCAUACCAUGUACCUUUUUAUAUUAUGAACGUUAUACGAAGAUAUAUAAACAUAAAUUAAAGAUGCUUGGUGUAAGAUUCUCCACAAUA